UAAAGUCAUGUGGGUGAAAUGUCAAGCGGCUUGGAGGGCGGUUGGGAAAAAAACUGAACUUUUGGAAGUUUAUAGCAGGCAGUGCGCUCUGCUAGAAGAGUGAGUCAAGCGUCGCAAAAGCGCGACGACAGAGGGGAAAGGCAGUGCUGGACGAGGAAAUUCAGGACGACUAAAACAUACUUAUUGUAUGGCCCCUUUAUCAUCCAUGAUGAAUUCUAUUCAAGGGCCAGUCUCGCAAGAAGAAAAACUACAUGAACGCAAAAGCGCGGACAAAGAGGAGGCUCCGAGCAACGAUAAAGCGACUGUCAAAGGAUGUAAAAGCAAAGCUUUGAGUCUCCCGUUCAGUGUGGAAUCUUUAAUAUCAGACAGAACAACAACGAGGACUUUAUACACGUCAUCUGAAUCGGGUAUUAUAUCUCCGACAUCGGGCACAGAUGAGCGACUGCGGCUCUCACCCAUGGCUCUUUACGCAGAUAGAAAAAUCCCAAUGGAGAGUGUCACCAGCCUAUCCGACACCAAGAGAGGAGAUAUAGAGGAGCUUUGUAACAAGGGACAGUCCAGCUGGUAUCAGACCCCUUAUGCCUCUCCACCAAGACACUCAAGUCCACCCCCGUGCCCCCUCAGAAAGCACAAGAACAAUCGAAAACCGCGGACCCCGUUCACCACAUCGCAGCUGCUUGCUUUGGAGCGAAAAUUUCGUCAAAAACAGUAUCUUUCCAUCGCAGAAAGAGCGGAGUUUUCCAAUUCACUCAAUCUUACUGAGACUCAAGUUAAAAUUUGGUUUCAAAACAGACGGGCGAAGGCAAAAAGACUUCAAGAGGCCGAGUUGGAGAAACUGAAACUUGCAACCAAGCCAUUAUUGCCUGCGUUUGCUUUUCCGUUCCCUCUAGGAACACAUGUUGGUUCUCCAUCCCUCUACGGACCGUCCAGUCACUUUCAUAGACCUGCGUUACCCGUCCCAGGACUUUUCGGGGGGCCAGUGACCUACGGGAUGUAUUACUUGUCUUAACCAACGAAGCACGUUCUUCAUAUAAUUCACCGUCUCGAGCUGCUACGUUUUCAUGCCACUCAAAAGACGAGUGAAAAUUUUUAUUUGUUCUCUUUAAAGCAGAGAUAUACUUUGAAAAGAAAUUGCCCUUGUCAUCUAGUUUAUGCCAAAUGAAUCCCAUAAUUGGCUUUAAAGAAAACAAAGCCUUUAGAGUGCAAUGCAUUUCCACCCGAAUAUUAUAUUUUUUUGUGAUAAAAAAAACAAUGCAGACAUAGGCCUCCAACUGAGUGACUUUUCCUUUGGUAUAAGACAAUAAUUUCCAAGAGAUUAUUAUACCGAAGGCAUAUAACAAAGAAGUUUCCAGACCAGGACAACUUGUUGAUACGUGCGUGCAUCAAGUUCUGAAAUAAGUGUGCAUCGUCAGAAUCUUAAACUAAAAUAAAAUCUGAUUUUAGUUCGACUAUUUAACUUUCCAUGUAUUGGCUUUAGGCUGAGAAUUCGGGUGUUAAUGGAAGUUUAAUGUGAAUAUAAUUCAAAUGAAUACGCCCACUUGUUGUAUUUUAACGAAAACCAAAUUUCCUGUUGUACAAUUUUUUUCUCAUGUACACGGCCAAUAGCUCGGGUAUACAUCAUCAACUUCAUGCAUUUGUUUUUAUCAACAAUUUGACAGGCUACACAAUUUAAAAAUGCGUUGUUUAUUUCAUUGUUUUAUUUGCUACGUGCAGAGUCAGACAGCAUCUCCCGUUAUCCCAUGAUUUUGUUCAACCUUUUUCCCAACGGUCCAGUUUAUUUUUAUGUUCCCAAUUGGACACUUUGGCAUUUGUUUGAUUUGUUUAGCCACAAUCUCUUUAGUAGGCUACAUAUAUGCUAGUUUGCUAGAUUGUAAAAUUAAUCUCUAGAUUUGUUAUUAUUGUAAAUACAUGUAUAUGUUACAGAUUUUGCAUUUCCCAUUUGAAUAAAUUGCAAAUAGGAUUGCUGAUAUUUAUACACUGUUAACAUGUAUCUUCUGUAAAUUAUUGUAUAUUUUAUAUGUACAUACAAAUUAGAAAAAUAAUCUUUUGCAUUAAAAAACAAUAAAUCUCACAGAGACUAAUA